GGAGUACCGAGUAGAGAGCGAGAACUACCCUCGUCCCCCAUUCACCUUUCAGUCCGCGUUCCCUGCUCCAUUUACUCUCAGUGAGUGUAACUCUGACAGGGCUUCGACUGCUAAUUUAACAUAAAUUCUUUCAACUCUAAAUCGUCUUAAAUAAAUUCGAGUGUCAAGACGACGAGAGUCAAAUCGAAAAUGUCUGGUGACAGAGACUACAUUGGAUUCGCUACGUUGCCCGAACAGGUCCACAGGAAGUCGGUGAAACGGGGAUUCGAGUUUACCCUGAUGGUCUUAGGGGAGAGCGGGUUAGGGAAGUCCACCUUGAUCAACAGCCUGUUCCUCGGGGAUUUGUACAAGGAAAGGCAGAUACCAGACGCGGCCGAGCGCGUCGAGAAGACCACGGCUAUCGAAAAGAAAACUAUGGAUAUUGAAGAGAGGGGCGUCAGGCUCAGGCUGACGAUCGUCGACACGCCAGGGUUCGGCGACGCGGUGAACUGCGAGGACACUUGGAAGGCAUGCUCCGCUUAUAUUGACGAGCAAUUCCGACAAUACUUCACGGACGAAAGUGGAUUAAAUAGGAAAAACAUUCAGGAUAACAGAGUUCAUUGCUGUUUGUAUUUUAUCCCGCCGUACGGUCACGGAUUGAGGCAACUGGACUUGGAGGUAUUGAAACGAUUGCAUAGGAAAGUGAACGUGGUGCCAGUGAUUGCUAAGGCAGAUACAUUGACUACCUACGAAGUGAGGAAAUUGAAGGAACGAAUAUUGGCUGAUAUAGAGGAGCACGAGAUUCAAAUAUAUCAAUUUCCCGACUGUGACAGUGACGAGGACGAGGAGUUUAAACAACAAGACAAAGAAUUGAAAGCCUGUAUCCCGUUUGCUGUCGUUGGGAGCUCGACAGUCUUAGAAGUAGCUGGGAAGAAAGUGAGGGGAAGGCAAUAUCCUUGGGGAGUAGUGGAAGUGGAGAAUCCAAAGCACAGCGAUUUCGUGAAGCUCAGAACGAUGCUAAUAUCCACUCACAUGCAAGAUUUGAAAGACGUCACUCAGGACGUUCAUUAUGAAAAUUUCCGCGCCCAGUGCAUCUCUCAAAUAUCCCAACAGGCGAUCAGGGAACGGAGGUAUUUACGCAUCAAACUGAAAAGGGACUCAGGCCCACAUUUUGAGAACAGUAUAUCAGACACAGAUCGACUGUUAUUGCAAAAGGACGAGGAGAUAAGAAGAAUGCAGGACAUUCUGGCGCAGAUGCAAGAGAAGCUGAAAGCCACGGGCCAAGUGAAUCAAAUGAACCACGGGAUCGGAUUAAGAGGUCGAGUUGGAAGUUUGGGAAAUGAUUUGGACUCGACCGACGUUGAGAAGAAGAGAAACAGUAUUAUCGACGUUUAAUUAUAACAACUAUAACAAAACCAGUGAAACUGGCAGGGGUGGGGGAUGGAUUUAAUUAGACAGGAACGCACAAGAAAUCGAUUAAUUUAAUUAUAGAAUAAUUAACAAUAUGUAUAGUAAUCUGCGGAUACGUUGCCACUCAUCAUAAGUCCCAAAAGUUAGGCUCGUCGCAUCCCUCUAUAAGUCUCAAGAAUCGGACCCAUUAGAAAAGGCCCAAAAUCUCGUUAAAAGGGCCGAAAAGUGAUCAUGUAUCCAAAUGAACGUAGCCAUAUAUCCGGGGAUUACUGUAUUAAAAGAGAUGAAGAGUGAAAAGAGAGAGAGAGAAGGGGUAGUGUGCUAAUGCCGACACCAAAGAACACUUUUUUAUAAUGAUACGCUAUAAGUAUAGUUGACCAAUUUAUAAUUUUUCUAUAUACACGCGCGUACGUACGUAUUUGUAGUUAAAUUUACGUUGAACAUGUAUACAAGUUUCGGAAACAUAAAGUUGAACGAACGAUUUA